GAGAGAGACAGAAGAGGAGGGGGGGAUGGGUUACGUCUUUGUAUAGCAGAACAAGGCUUCAUCAGACAGACAUCCCAGCUAGAGAGCCACAACGGCUGCGUGACAUGCACGCCGAGACCUAGAUGCAUCCGUGAGCGACGCGCAAAGGAGACAGCCUCUGCAGGGGAAACGAGAGCCCACCAGCAGCCCAGCCGACGCCGAGAGAGAGAGAGAGCGCCGCAGACCGUAACUUACCCCAGCCGGCAAAACCACCAGCCAACGACAUCCCCGAUGGGGGCUUCGGAGAGAAUGAGGACCACCCUCCUAUGCGUUGGUGGCGUUCUGCUGCUCAGCGCCCAGUCCAUCUCAGCAUGGAAGCCCCAGCUGGCCCUGUUUUGCGGGCGGGUGCCUCUUCACAUGGACCUGACAACAGGGGAGUGGUUGUCGGACCCCCGCGGCGUGCCAAGCUGUCCAGGAAAUAACGAUGAGAUUUUGCAGCACUGCAGGCAGAUGUAUCCAGAGAUGCAGAUCACGGGGGUGACAGAGGCAGCUCAGCCGGUGACAGUGACAAACUGGUGCCAGAAGCAGAAACCGGAGUGCAAGCGCCGCCUACAUAUCGUGGUCCCGUUCCUCUGCCUGGUGAAUGAAUUCGUCAGCGACGCCCUUCUGGUUCCCGAUAAAUGCCGCUUCCUUCACCGCGAACAGAUGGACACCUGUGAGAGUUACCAGCACUGGCAUGAAACUGCUCGCACGGCCUGUGCCGCAGAGGACCUUGACCUUCACAGCUAUGGCAUGCUGCUUCCCUGCCGCCCAGAGAGGUUCCGCGGCGUGGAGUACGUGUGCUGCCCGAACCGCAAUCCCCAGCCCAUCGAACCCACAAGGAGCCACCCUGUCACCGAGCUGGAUCCGCAGGAUUCGGAAAAGGGGGACGAGGUGGAGAUUGAAGAGGAUAAUGUUGACAUCAUCGAUGAAGGAGGAGAGGACACAGCGGGGGCCUCUCCAGACCAGCACCCGGCGGUGUGGGACGACUACUUUGUGGGGAAUGGAUAUGAGGACGAAACAACCAGCAGUGCUCCCACCCUCGCGCCAGAGGUUAAAGUCUCUCGACCCACCGAUGGGGUUGAUAUCUACUUCGAGUCGCCCCGCGAUGGCUCUGAACACGCCAAUUUCCUGCGGGCGAAAAUGGAGCUAGAAGAGAGGCGCAUGAAACAGAUCAAUGAGGUGAUGAAGGAAUGGGCAGAAGCUGAUAACCAGGCCAAAAACCUCCCCAAGUCUGACCGGCAGGCGCUGAACGAGCACUUCCAGUCCAUCCUGCAGACCCUGGAGAGCCAGAUAUCCGCUCAGCGCCAGCGACUGGUGGAGACCCACUUGGGACGGGUGGUCGCCGCUCUCAAUGACAACCGCAGGGCCGCACUGGAGAACUACCUGGCAGCUGUGCAGACCACACCCCUUGAUCCUGAGAGAGUCCUGCUGGCGCUGAAGAGGUAUAUACACGCCGAGCAGCGAGACCAGCGCCAUACCGUCCGCCAUUACCAGCAUGUGAGCAGCGCUGAGCCCGACCGAGCCGAGACCAUCCAGUUCCAGGUUCUCACCCACCUUCGUGUCAUUGAAGAACGGGUCAACCAAUCCCUGUCUCUUCUGUACCGGAACCCCCAACUGUCCCCAGAACUCCGUAGCCAGAUUGAGACCUGGCUGCACACAGAGUGGGUUGGAGCCGGAGACCUUCUUAGCUCCACCCAGAAGAAACUGAGCGAAGACAGCGAUUACCCCGAGAUCAGAGUACCACCGCAGAGCUCCGCCGAGACAUCCCAAGGAGAAGACUCCCAGCAGAUCGAAAGAAAAGGCUCCGCCGUCUGGGACUUGUACUCAGACUUCCCCCCCAGCGAGAGAACCUUGACCUUCCCCAGCCAGAAGGAUAAUGCUUCAGUAAAGCAAGUCCAUUACCAGUCUGAGGACAUCCAACGUGAUGAGCUGGAACCAGACACCCUGGUCCCCUUUAACCGAGGAGCUCUGAUUGGCUUGUUGGUGGUGGCUGUUGCCGUGGCGAUGGUUAUAAUUAUCAGCCUGCUUCUGAUCCGGCGCAAACCCUACGGGACCAUCAGCCAUGGGAUUAUCGAGGUGGAAGCUUCCAGGACCCCCGAGGACAAGCACCUGAGCAAGAUGCAGAACCAGGGCUACGAAAACCCAACCUACAGAUACCUGGAAGAGAACAACUGAGGGCCGGAGCGGGGGUGUCGGCGGGUUCUAUUAUUUUUGGGCAGAAGGGAAGGGGUUUUACUUCAGGGGAGGUACAAUAUAGGUCAGGGGUGGGGACAAACAGGGAAUAUUUAAUAAGAAGAGGGGGUGCAGCUAAAGAAUACUCGACCCCCCCCUCCCUCCCCUCCAGGAACGACGGUGCACCAUACCAGAUCCUAGCCAGACAGCUUCUAGGACACAACGGGUUAAACGCGUCCGCCUCUCUCCCCUGUGAAUGCACUUAAAUUAUUUAUGACUACGAAGGGAAAAAAGAGACGGUCAGCACUAACCUCUCGUUGUGAGAUAUUCCCCGAUUACUAGUCACCCCCCUACCGUAACUGCAAGCCCCCCCCCCCCCUACACACACAAAUCCCUGCUAAUGGCAUUUUCACUUAUUGCAGAGAAACCAGCAAUGCAUUGCGGCAUAGAUGGCUUCCGAUUCUAUCACCGCCUCCCCCCC